CAGUAGCGCAUGCGCAGUCAUUGCUUCCGCGACGUACCUAGCCAUCUUUCCAGUCAAGCAAAAGUGAUUGUUUUCAGCUUUAGUCUUAUUUAACGGAACUUUUAUUAAUGUCAGAGCCACAGUCCGCGCUUCUACUACGAAAACAAUUAGCAGAAUUAAAUAAAAACCCAGUAGAAGGGUUUUCAGCAGGCCUCAUAGACGACAAUGACAUAUAUCAGUGGGAAGUACUCAUUAUUGGACCUCCAGACACAUUAUAUGAAGGUGGGUUUUUCAAAGCACACUUACAGUUUCCAAAAGAAUACCCACUUAGGCCACCAAGAAUGAAAUUCAUAACAGAAAUAUGGCAUCCAAACAUCGAAAAGAAUGGUAAUGUAUGCAUAUCGAUUUUACACGAACCUGGAGAUGAUAAGUGGGGCUAUGAAAAAGCAUCAGAACGGUGGUUACCAGUUCACACAGUUGAGACUAUUCUCAUAAGUGUUAUUAGUAUGCUUGCAGAUCCUAAUGAUGAAAGUCCUGCUAAUGUGGAUGCUGCCAAAGAGUGGAGGGAAAGCUAUGCAGAAUUCAAGAGAAAGGUGGCGAGGUGUGUCAGAAAGAGCCAAGAGGAGUGUUUGUAGGAGAUGAACAAUUAUUCAAAUGGAAAGACUUAUUUAAUUCUGGGAAGCCGUAAGCACUGUAAGAAAGAAACCGACGCUCAGCAUUAAGCUAAUGGACAACAGUGCCACUAAAAACGGAUAUAGCCUGACCCAUUCUUAAGCAGAAAAAGGGAGGCAGAGUAUGUGUGACAAUAAAAGAUAAAAUCACACAUCUCUAUGAAGUUUAUACCACCGCCACUGACGUACCAUCCAUUGAUACGAAGAACAUAAAGGAAAUACACGCAGCUCACCUUUUACAUAAUAAACAACUAAAAAACUAAUUUACACAUAUACAUAAUGCAAAAAAAUUAUCUGUACGAUUAUUACCUUAAUAUUGAUAGUUAUAAACUUAACUUCCCUGUUCCUCCUGCUCAAGAGUUAGCCCUACCCUUUAUACCUAAAAACCUGUAAUUUAAAAUGUUUACGUUUAUUAUUGAAUAAUAAUUCCUUAGUGGCGUUUCGUAUUUUCUUACUUUCGUAAAUAUACAUAAAUAAAUUUUUGUAAAGUCAAAUACACGGUGUAUAUAUAUAUGUAUAUAUAUAUAUAUAUAUAUAUAUACAUAUGUAUAUAUAUAUAUAUAUAUGCUGCAAUCGUUAAAUGUAAUGCCAGUAAAAAAUGGAAACAAAAUAUAUGUGAAUCAAUUGUGACAUCGCGACAAACAUGUCGAUUAAGCUGUACAAUCACGGCUAUGUAAAGAAAUGUGAAAUUUCCGUUGAACCGUAAGUUGCCAAAAUAACGAAUUCUAAUUAAAGUGAUAAUAAUGCUAAUCACAAUAUUAUUAUUAGAAAUAUAUCAUUAAUUAAAACUAGUAAAUUUACCAUAAAAUUUCAUACAUGCUUACAAAAACUAUACAUAUUUCAACCAGUGCCAGUUUGUGAAGUGACUGUUAAGGUUUACCUUUUUAUUAUAUCUAAACUUGCGGUUCGAAGUCAUAAAAACAUUCAAAUUUUUUAUCCGACUAUAUAUAAUUUCAUACUGUCAAUUAAAUUCUACAAUAUGAAAAAUGUUUAUUGUAUUCCUAGAACCUGCAUUCUACUUGUCAUCUAGUACGAAAAAAUAUUUUUAUUACCUACCACUGAAGCAAAUUGCUUUUUUCUAUACUGUGAUUAAUUGUUUGCUUAUGUGUAAUAAAUAAUAAUACCUUAUUUUUAAUAGA